GUAAGGAUUUUGCUCCGUUAUCAGGUGGUGUGCGGUACAAUUUUACAUUUUACUUAAGCUCGAGAAGAGCACUGAAAGCAUCACGACUCCUGUCGGCUACCGGCAGCUUCAGCUGCAGUUGCUGAAUUAGAUGUUUCAUUCACCUGCACACAUACACAAGCACACAUGCAUUACAGAUAUAAAACAUGACUGUAAUGCAUUUGUGUUUUAUAAAAAAAAAUUUAAACACUUCUUUUUUACUACUUAUAACAAACUUAUAAUGUAGUGUUUAUAAAGGAUGUAUGUUUUUGCAUAAAACCAUGGUUCGAUUAAAACCAUGUUUUUGCAUAUAGCCAUGGUUCCAUGCAAGCCCAUGUUGUUCGUGUGCACCGGGGUCAAAUAGGCGUCUGGUCUGCCGCUGUCAUUGUUUGCUAGUUACUGUACUGUAGUUACUCGCUCCAUCUGUCACAUUGAGACUUCUCCCGUUUGACCUGCUUCUUGUGGGCAGCUGUCAGCAUGUGAGACGGAUUAACCUAGCCGUGUGUUUGACCUUAAAUAUUCCUGUUGUUUAAAAUGAAAUAAAAGUGUAUAAUUAAUUGGUGACCGGCUAUAUUCCCUGAGGUCUGCUUUAAAAAAUCCACCAUUUGUUCAUGUGUUAUAAAUUAGUUUGUACAAUAUGUAUAAUAUGUUCUGCUAUUCUGGUCAUUAUUACUUUUUGUGUUAAAUUUAUAAGUUUCCUUUAAACCGUAGGCAUUAAUAUCAGUUCCAGCUACAUUUAAAAAAAAUGAUGCAUUAAAAUGUGCUUUUGUUUUUUUUCAGCAUCCAUAAGUUACACAUUCUAACCUCAAUUAUGAUCUUGUGUCAAGAAUGCUGUGAUAGCUGGAACAGAGCAACUCCUCAGUGAUGUUUCUAAUUUUAGGAAACCUCUAUAAGCUAUCAGAUUUAUGAAAGAGACACUGUUUCACUGUGGAAACAUCCUGAUUACCAUCUCUGCAGCCUGUGCUGAAGUACUUCAUAUAUAAAUGCGUGACAUUAUUCUUAGGAGUCUACAUAACAGUAUGCUUUAUGUACUGUCCAAAAAAGCAAGAGCAGUGUGUUACUGUACUGACAAUAUCACUUACAGCAAACAACCACGUCCACAACAGGCGGACUGGAGCAGUGUCCAUUUUCUAUUGUGUUAACUGGUAUUUGGGGCCCAGAAGGUGUACACCUCCUUCUUUAGAAAAGGAUUAGCAUGCCUAUUGUCUCCCAAAUGACAGAUGUUCAUGGCCGUUGUGUCAUUUGAGGUCAUGUUUAAGUGAAUAUUGAAUAAAACAUAUUUAUUUUUCUGAUAAUCAAUUAUGUAAAAUAUAUUUUUAAACAUUUGCAAAUUCUGCUAUAAAAAUACUUCUUGCAUUAUUUUUUUGUGCACAAUGCAAAAAACCCCAUUGAAUCAGUGAGUCAUUUUUUUCAUUGUUAAUAGAUGAUUCAGUUGCUCAAGAAUCAAAGAAACCUUUGUUUUGUAAGUGUAUUGUUGUUUACAUCUUACAGAAGUGUAACCUGAGCAACCACAAUACACCUGAGAGAUAGGGAAGCUGGAAACACCUACUGAUUUCUCUGGACACAUCCUAAAAUCUACAACUAUUAUGACACCAUGGUUCCCAUCCUGAUGAGCCAGUUCAAGUCCCUAUGUGGUCUCAAUGUUGUUAGUUAAAUGAUGAAUAUGCAUUAUAUGAGGUUUUUUUUUAUAUAUCUUUAGAUUUUUAUGUGUAUUUAUGUAUUUAUUUGUUUAAUUAGUUAUUUGUACUUGUUGGCUGAUUUUGGAGCUGAGUCUCUUUAAAUAAAACCAAAUUAUUUCACAAAUGUGAAUCAGAUUUUUUCAGCCUCUGGAGCCAAGGUAUUCCAAUCCAAAUUCAGCAGUGCUUCUAACUAUCGUUAGGUUGCCGUCUCACGUUCCUUUGGUGUCCUUUGUUUGGGGCACAUGAAAGGAUCCUAGCCACUCAACUUUGUAAGACAAUUAUCGCCAACCACCAAACUGGUGCCAAAGCCAUGGCUUAAGCCUCCUACAGAAGGCCCACUGUGCUUCUGUAAUACGGUCAUGUUAACGGCAGCUUGUCUAAUCCACUUCAUUGUAGAUUCAGUGCUGGAAGGUUUGGUCUUUAGCACUUUGAAGUUCCAGGAGCUAUGGGGUGACUUUGUGGGAAAACCAAACGCGUGCCAGCUAGUGGUGUUUGCCCAGGCGGAAAGCAGAGAAAGGACGGCACAGGAUAUGGAGUUGUCAGACGGCCUGUUGCUGCAGGUCAACAAUGGAGACCAGUGGUGUAACCGCUGGAAGAAUCCCAACGAGGACUCGGACCGCAGCAUUAGUCCCUCAGUCCUGCGCUGCGUUGCCAGCACAUGGAAGGAAGGCCUGCUGAAUAGAAAAAGACCCUUUGUGGGCCGCUGCUGUCACUCCUGUACACCACAGAGCUGGGAGAAACUGUUUAACCCAAGCAUUCCGUCCCUGGGACUACGCAAUGUCAUCUACAUUAACGAGACCCACACUAGGCAGCGGGGCUGGUUGGCGCGCAGCUUGAGUUACGUGCUGUUUGUAAUGGAGCGAGAUGUCAACAAGGAUAUGUUCACCAGAAAUGUGGUGGACAACGUGCUCAACAACAGCAGUGUGGAAACGGCUAUUGUGAAUGUUGCCACUGAGUUAGAUGCUGCAGCCAGCCAACCAGGCAAGGAGCACAGGGCUGUGAAUAAAGUGAAACAGAAAGCACGGACCUUCCUGCAGGAGAUGGUAGCCAGCAUUUCACCAGCAUUCAUCAGACUCACAGGGUGGGUCCUCUUAAGGCUCUUCAAUGGUUUCUUCUGGAGCAUACAGAUCCACAAAGGUCAGCUGGAAAUGGUCAAGAAAGCUGCUACAGAGCAAAAUGUGCCCAUGGUUUUCCUGCCCGUUCACAAAUCCCACAUUGACUACCUGCUCAUCACCUUGAUCUUGUUUUGUCACAACAUUAAAGCCCCUCACAUCGCAGCUGGAAACAACCUAAGCAUUCCUAUCCUCAGAACUCUGAUCCGUAAACUGGGAGGAUUCUUUAUAAGGCGUAAAAUGGAGGAAACUGAGGAUGGGAAAAAAGAUGUAUUGUACAGAUCGCUGUUACAUGCAUACACAGAGGAGUUGUUGUGUCAGCAGCAAUUCUUGGAAGUCUACCUGGAGGGUACUCGCUCUCGGAGUGGUAAACCGUCCCCAGCACGUGCGGGCAUGCUGUCCAUUGUUGUGGACACGCUGUGCACUGGGUCCAUCGCAGACGUACUGGUCGUACCAGUCGGCAUCUCCUACGACCGCAUUAUUGAAGGCAACUACAAUAGUGAGCAGCUGGGCAAGCCCAAAAAGAAUGAGAGCUGGUGGGGUAUAGCGUGUGGUGUGUUCAGGAUGCUGAGGAAGAACAACGGCUGCGUGAGGGUGGAUUUUAACCAACCCUUCUCCUUGAAGGAAUACCUGAACACUUGGAGAAAUCGUCACGUUCCACCACCGGAGUCCCUGGAACAUACCUUGAUGCCCGCCAUUAUUUCUGCUCAGCCUGAUGCUCUGCCGUUUGAGGGACAGGAGGAGGUACAGGUGAACCGAGUGCUUCCCGAUGAAAUCUUCAGACGACAGCUUAUUAACAACCUGGCCAAGCACAUCCUCUACACGGCUAAUAAGUCUUCAGCAAUCAUGUCUACGAAUAUUGUGGCCUGUCUGCUUCUCUACAGACACAGACAGGGAGUAGUGCUGUCGAAGCUGGUGGAGGACUUUUUCAACAUGAAGGAGGAGAUUCUGUCACGUGACUUUGACCUGGGUUUCUCGGGGAACUCCGAGGACGUGGUGAUGCGUGCUCUGCACCUCCUCGGGAACUGUGUCAACGUGACCAGCAGCGCGAAUCGCAACGGGGAGUUCACUAUCGCCCCCAGCCAUACUGUACCAGCGCUCUUUGAGCUCAACUUCUACAGCAAUGGCCUUUUCCACGUCUUCAUUUCUGAUGCAAUCAUCGCCUGUAGCAUUCUGUCACUGCAGCGGGAGUGCAGUGUGGAAUCAGCGUCUGACCAGCAGUCAGGUCGUCCUCGUAGUCCUCUUCUCAGUCAGGAGAGACUCAUACGUAAAGCUGCCAGCCUCUCCCAGUUUCUUACCAACGAAGUUGCAGUAGCUCCUCCGUGUCAGACCAUCUACCAGGUUUUCCACGAUGCAGUGACGCGACUGAUCCAGUAUGGAGUUCUAUACGUAGCAGAGGAAGAACAGGAGGAGCUGAGCCCCAGCCUUACAGACGAACACUGGUCCCAGAAGUUCCCCGAACCCUUGUCUUGGAGAAGUGAUGAGGAAGAUGAAGACAGCGACUUCGGGGAGGAGCAGAGAGAUAGAUACCUGAAGGUGAGCGUUUCCGCAGAACCCCAGGCCUUCUUCAUUUUCCUCCAGCGACAGCUCAGCCCAGUAUUGGAGGCCUACAGUGGGGCCGCCAUUUUUAUCCACAGUCUGAGUCAGCCCAUGGCCGAGUCCGAAUACACGCAGAGGCUUUUCCGUUACCUGCUAACCCGCACAGAGAGAGGAAUCGCUGCAUACGGAGAAAGUGCUACUCAUUACCUGGUUAAGAACACAGUGAAAACAUUCAAAGAGCUUGGGGUCUUGAAGGAAAAGAGAGAGAACAAGGUGACCACUCUGGAGCUGAGCAGCACUUUUCUACCUCAGGCCAAUCGGAACAAACUCCUGCAGUACAUUUUAGGAUUCGCGCUGCUGUGACCAACACCUUGUACGUUACCACUCAGAUCCCAGACUCCUCCUACCUAAGGGCUUCUACUGGUUACUUCUAAACAAUCCCAGGUGCUACUCUGUGGAACAACUCAUCAGGAAGUGCCUUCACCCAAACCUCGCUAAUCGUUACCUGUUAACCAUAAGAAGCCAGUCUUCCCUCAGUGCGCCAGUCUUCGACUUCCUGUCGCGGAACUGCGCAGCCACUGAAAGCAUCACACUCGUAACGUUGAAGUUAUGUGACAUGAAAAUCACCCCCUCUUUGUGAAUUUUGCCAGUGAAGUUUAAAUACAUUUAGAAAUAUACAUAUAAAGAGCUACUUUAGACACUGGAACAAGUUAUAAAUAAUUUAACAAAAGCCGGAACGAAACAAGUCAACAUGAUCUACAGUAUACAAGUCAAAAAGAAACAUGCAUAGAGGUUAACACUGAACAUACAUUAAUGUAAACCUCUCUGUUUGUCUGAAGCCCUGCUGUAUUAUCUCCACUGCAUUAUCACACCGUAGAAGAACAAGUGGGAAAAUACUUCUUUAGACAGCGUUUUUACACACACACACACACACACUUCACAAAGAAACUUGAUUGUAAAGAUUCCUUCGACAUCGUCCCUGCUGCAAAACGAUCACAAACACCCGCAAUUCUUCUCCCGCAGUUACUUGUAAAUGAACUCCCAAAUUCAAACCUGCUUCAUUUAAAAAAAUAACAAAAAAUAUUUACUCUGCCUAAAGUAUUUACCUGGCAAACACAGCGUGUACCUGCGAACGUCCCUGCGUAGUCAUGUGCAUCUCUGAUUACUUAGUGCAUUCAGUAAAAUGAUGUGAGAGUGGUUUUGUUUAGACAAAAUCUGUUUUUGUACAAAUAAUGAAACAUUAAAAAAAGGAAUGUUAACACGAACAGCAGUAAAAAUACUGACUACCAGCCGGGUACACUUGGCUAACAUUUAAAUACAGCAAACUCAGAAAGGUAGGGUGACACGUUUUUAAAGGACAUCUGUCAGUCACAUGUGAAUUAUCUGCUUUUUCCCCCCUGUGGUGUUAAUACAAUAAAUGAAGCCUUUUUAGCAUCGCUGCUGACAAAGCAGUGGCAGUUUGUUAGCCGGCGGGCUACUCAAUCCACUGUGUAAUCAUUUCAGAGGACAGGUCAGUUCAGAGUAUAAAUGUGUUGUUACUCUUCUGUGAGAAACCUUCUAAAAGGUCGUUUACUUGCUGCUCUACCUUUCAAUUUUUUUUUUUACAUAACUUGUUUCACAUGAUUUUUUAGGCCAGUUUAUCACAUAGUGUAAAUAUGUAGUCAGUCUGUGAGUAGACCCUGUGAAUUUGAGUUUCUUUCUUUUCUAAUCUUCAUGUGAAAUGCAUGCUGGUACUCUACCAUUGUAAAUAACAAAAAAAAAAUCCAGGAAAUCACCCCGAAACUAUUUACGUCUGACGUUGAAGCCUCAAUGCAAAGACCUACGCCGACGUUUUUAAGCUCGUAUUUAUUAGAAAUGUAUUAAAGAGAAAAAGAUUGUGGUGUCUCACAUAAGUUAUUGUUGGGUAAUGAAUGUUGUAUGCACAAGGUGAAGGCAUGUGUUUAUACAGUAAAAAGGAGGUGGUGAUGGAUUCCUUUUGUGAUGGGACUGUUAAACGUAAGCUUACCAUAAAAAUGUGAAAAGUCUGAAUGUUUAAAUCAGCGUUCUCCUUUUGUCAGGGCAAUAAUGAUACUCGACAUGUAAUUUGCUAUUCAAUUCAAUGGUUUAUAUUCAUCAUUUAUACUGAAAAGGCCAGUGACUACAUGUCUCUGCAGAUUAAGAAUUAUUGAUAUUUUUUACCACGUCCGAUGUUGACAUCUAAUCGCUGCAUGUUUCUAUGCAGGUUUUUCAAAUGGAAUGAACCAUUAACAGAAAAGAUUGGCCACUGACACCAAUCAUUGCAUGUUAAAGAAGAAAAAAAGAUGUGUGUUGGGGUUCAGAAUGGUGUCAGUUCCGCAGGUCAUUGGGAAGGCUGGACAUUGAACGCAUUCUGUAAGCCCGUUACGGUCUGUGUGUCCACACAUGAUGCAGAUACUGUGCUGCAUGCUUCCCUCUGGUCACCUUUAUUCAUCAACUCUUUCAUGUCAACGCUACACAAACCUUGAUUGAUUUUUUUUUUCAGGUCUCGUGUGUAAAUUUUGUUAAAAUGCAUUAGUAGUCAUUUGUGUAGAAUCCAAUCUGUUACCUCCUGAAUUUUCAUCUUUACCUUUACUCAUGUAGAGUACGUGAUAAAGUCGGUACACAUAUUAUUUUCUAUGACCUGCUGCAUAACCACUACAGAUAAAUGUGCAAUUUUUGUAGUUUGAAAAAUGCCUGUAACUAAAAAUCGGGUGCAUUCUUAAUGCACCGUACUGUUUUUUGGUUGUUGUUUUUUUCCGUUAUUUUUUUUCUGCAUGUGAACCAAGGUUAUUAUAAAUCCAGUAAAAAAACUGUAGGUUGUAAAAAGAAAUUUGUUUGCGCACAAGUGGGGAAAAAAAACAACAUUGUUACUAGGGGAAGAAUCACCAGCUCCUCCAAACAAGUGUCACUGUUUUGUUCUUGCUUUUUGAAAAGCAAAGCACAACUGGCAUUAUUCAAGUUUGUUUUUAAAUAAAUAUGUGAUUAACACACA